UUGGGAGUCACGGAAAAGAUAUCUAUGCACAAUAUUUUUAUUUGUUUACUUUUUAUGUAUUUGCAUUUUAGUGUGAUAUCAAAUUAUUAUUUGAACUGCUAUGCUAAUGUUUUGUUAGGAAAUUUUGAUACGCAUUGUUAACAAGAGCUUGAUUGAAAUGAGAAGUGCAAAAUUGAAUGUUGACAAAUAUAGGACAGAGUUUGAGUGCGACGAACACUGGGAACUUAGAAGAAAAUUCCUAAUAGCCCAUCGUGACAAAUUUUCUGAAGAUGAGUUAGUUUGUUUGGCACAGACCUUUACCAACAUAGAAUUUUUAGGAUGCAGGUACCCGGAGAAGACGAUGCAGAAGGUGGCCCAGCUCGCCCAGGGGGUCGUGGACGAGUACAGGGAGAAGCAGAAGGGCCGGCUGCAGAGGACGUUUGUGGCAGCGUCAGACGCAGCGGGCGCCAAAGCGAAAGGCUUGAAGCGCCCCUCAACAGAAGCAACACCUUCUCCUGUUCCUGUGAAGCAAGCUAAGGCAUCGAUGGAGCAGAGCUCGCCGGUCUUGGUGGACUUGACGGACGACCCGUCGCCGAGGAAGCCACAGGUCUUGUACGGUCCGGAGAUCCACAGCCUCGUGUCGGAAAAAGUCCCACUUUUGUCGUCUCGCUAUGGGGGCGUGCGCACCUACCACAUCACCAAGGAGCCCUUGGAGCUGAAGAUAGGUCGCUUUGGGAAACUGGUGCUGGUGGAGAGCAAGGAAAUGAGUCCUUACGAUAUUAUCCAGCGGUCCAUGAACGUGUGUAAUAUCCAAUUCUCCUUCGAGGAAAAGUUCUUGGCACAAGGGAAAAUGCGAGUCCGGCUAUAUGUCAACAAUGAGCUGGUGUGUGAAGCAGAAGGUUUGAAUACCAAAGUGGCCAGAGAAAACGCAGCCAAGUUGGGUUUGCAGAAGCUGAAAGAAUCGUGCUACACCAUCUUGAUAAAGCACAAGGUGUGGGGAGACUCGGUGGUGGACAGGUCGCUGAAAGAAGGGCUGGAAGGCCCACCGGCGACGAGGGCCGCGAGCGAGGACACGCCCCUCUCCGACGACAACGUGGGCAGCAAGCUGCUGCGCCUGAUGGGGUGGUCGGGCGGAGGCCUGGGCCGCAGCGCCCAGGGCAUCUCCGAGCCGAUCAGCGCCCAGCAGGAGCGGGUGGGGCGGGCCGGCCUGGGCCUGACCCAGGGGAACGUCUUCGACGCCCCCCACUUCCGGAGGCAGGCCGGCGCCCUGCUGCGGGACUACGCCGAUCGGGACACGGAUCACGACCUGGUCUUCACCAGCGAGUUCACCACCGACGAGAGGAAGGUCCUGCACACUCUAGCUCAUAACAUGAAGUUGAAGACCAAGAGUAUCGGCAAGAAGGAUAUAGAUCGUUACUUGGUAGUGUCGAAGAGGAUAUCGUUCUGGGACGAGGCGAAGAAGUUGCUUGCGUCCGGGGGCUCCAGCGACAGGUAUGAGCUGAUCCCGCCAGUCGUCUCGCUCUAGCCCCGACCGGCUGCUACAAACUCCAUCAUAGGUGGCUUGACAUCAACGCCUACGUCAUCCUACUGGAAGUGAGGGAGGCAGGUGGUCACAGACUUGUAAUGAGAGGUCACAUUACAGCGGGCCCCAACUCUUGUUUCCAUCGUGCUGAUGGAAAUACUUGUGACCAAAACAUAAAUAAAUACAGAUUUCAUUACUUUUAACAGUUUGUCCAAUACUAAGUCAUAGGAGAAUUCGUAUUUUGUGCAAUGAUCCUGCACCCUCCUGCAAUGUGUCAGAAAAGUGUGCAGUGUUUUGUUUCAUCUUCAAAUGUAGCUCAAAAUAUUGUUUUGUGCUGAGAACGAAAGUAAUCUAUUUUUAUUAAUAACAAAACUGUCCAUACUCAUAUUUAAUUUUGUUUUGGUAUCUUUCCUAAAUUUUUUUUAAAAUGUACUAUCAAGGUAUUAAUAAUUGUGUAAUUAAUUCUUUUGUAAUUUUGGUCAUUGACUCUUUAUCACUUUUACUGUCAUAACAAAAAUAAUGUACAGUGGCAAAUUGAAAAAGCGUAAUUAAUAAUGGCUGUAUUGUUGCUACCCUUAAAUUAUACACCCCAUAAAUUGGAUUGGAAAUAAACAUCAAUGUAAAA